GAACCGAAAUAAUCCUCUCUUUCACUUUUCUCUGGCGAUGAUGAUGAAUUCUCCGUUGGAUUACGAUGUGUUGCUAGAGAUCAUGUCUUAUUGUCCUGCAACGGAGAUGGCAAAAUUCCGUCUACUAAGCAAAGAAUGCAACAAACGAAGUUAUGAGAUGAGUUUUAUCAAUCGUCAUCUCCAUAGAACCAACUCUUUCCUCGGCUAUAUAUUUUAUUACAAAGAUAACAAGUGGUUUAGGAAUCACUCAUGUUUUGUCUCCGGCGUCGAUGAGAAAGAUAAAAACCGAAUCAAUCUUGCCUUUCUUCCUCCCCUUUGUAAUGUAUCCAUCGAAGCUUGUGAUACACAUCAUGGGAUUUUGCUCUGUGUCGAUGUUGUGUUUAAAGGUAGGCAAAAGAUACCAGAUUACAUCGUCUGCAAACCGGCUACAAAACAGUACCGGAUCAUACCAAACCCAAAGACCAGGUUUGGCACUGUCGCAACCGGUUUAAUGGUGAUUUCGUCGAACCCGUUUCGGUAUAAGAUCAUUAGGGUUUCUGAUACAUGGGCAAGAGUGGGUAGGGAUGGUGUCUAUAAUCUACGAGAGAGUUUGUUUGAAUAAAGAUGACGUUGAAGGAAAAGAUAGGAGCGAGGAAGGAAGAAGAGAUGGGACUAUAUAGAGGAGAAGAAGGAAUAUCAUGAAGAGAAUUGAAGAUGAUUCUUAUGCAAGUAUUUGUUAUUGUUAUCAUAUUGUUAUUUAGCUCUCUUUUUUUCAUAUCCCCAACUCUCUAAAAGAUAU